AUGGCCUCCAAAGUCACCGCGUGCUAUAAGAAGAAGCGCGUGAGCCAGGUGCAAACUGAUUAUGCGUAUCACCACACUAAACACGAGGUCCAGCAGCAGACGGAAAGGAAAUCCACUUCUAAGUCGGCGACCCAGGUGCAGGCCCAGGCCACAGCGGCUAUGGCGGAACCAGAUUAUACAGUACCGGUGUUCCGGCAGAGGAGUUCUGAGGAGACGGAGGAGUAUCAGAGAGUGACCACCAACGUGGGGAAAGGCCUGGCUGUGAUCCAGGAGGAGCUGCACAGGAUGAGAAUGGCCACCAAGGCUCAGGUGGAGAGUCUGGAGAUCCAGAGGGAGGUGAGAGGCAGGAUGCCGAGGAGGGGCGACACGUUGGAGGAAAUCCCCAAGCUGCCCGACUUCCUGGUGGCGCUGCGGCCUCACACCGUGUGGGAGAAGACGCCUGUGAAGCUGUUCUGCACCGUGGAGGGAAACCCGAGGCCCAUCGUCAAAUGGUAUAAAGGAGGAGCACCGGUCGACCCGCUCAGCGCCCCGGGACGCUACAAGAUCGAGAGCAAGUAUGGAGUCCACAGUUUGAUCAUAAGCAGGUGUGUGGUGAGUGAUACCGCCGAGUACAGCGCCGUGGCAACCAACGCGCACGGCACGGCCACCAGCAAGGCUGCAGUCACCGUGAAGAGAGCCGCAGGAGCCGGGCAGUCCUGCCAGCUCAACCUAGUUCCUCAUCUGACCGUCAUCCAUCCCAGUAAGCUGGAGGUGUCUCUGCUGGAUCAUUUCUCCGUCAGCUUCGGGCUGGAGGGCGGAUCCAUCAGCCUGGUGUGCACCAUGGUGGUGGUCCCCGACCUGCCCAACCUGCCCCCCCUCGCCCAGUGGUACAGAGACGAUAAACUGCUGGAGCCCAGUCACCUGGUGGAGAUGGCGGUGGGGGGGAGCGCGGCCCGUCUGACGCUGCCGCACCUGGCCAAGGACGACGAGGGUCUCUACACGCUCCGCGUCUUCACCAAGGACGGGACCGCCGAGCACAGCGCCUACCUGUUCGUCUCAGACGCCCCCCCCUCUGCAGCCGGGGCCCCUGGUGCGCCCAUGAGCGUGAAGGCAUAUGACAUCAACGCCGACUACGUCCUGGUUGCCUGGAAACCCCCCAACACCGUCAACGAGGCGCCAAUCACCGGAUACUUUGUGGACCGGUGUGAGGCCGGGAGCGGUGCCUGGGUCCAGAGCAACGACGCCCCGGUGAAGGUUUGUAAAUACCCGGUGCACGGCCUGAGCACGGGCCGCUCCUACCACUUCCGGGUCCGAGCCGUGAACAGCGCCGGCAUCAGCAGGCCGUCCCGCCAGUCGGACAAGGUCACCGCCCUGGACGCCGCCGAGAGCGAGAGGCUGCAAGUGAUAAAAAUCGAAGGGAAAUACGACGUAGUGAUCAGGGACGAUGACCUGGAAGGCUACGUUACGAUCCCCGGGGAGCCCACCGACGUGCAUGCUUCAGAGGUUUUCAAAUCGUACGUGGUGCUGAGCUGGAAACCCCCCCGCCCCCGAGGACGGGCGCCGCUGAGCUACGUCAUCGAGAAGUGCGUCGCCGGCACUGGGGCGUGGCAGCGGAUCAACACGUCCGUCGAACUGCUCUCCCCUCGUUACCCGGUUUUUGAUUUGCAAGACGGGCAAAAGUACCAGUUCCGAGUGUUUUCGGUCAACGUGCACGGCAGCAGCGAGGCGUCGGCGCCCUCCGAGCCCGUCCAGAAGGUCGAUGAGGACGGAGUUGAGCUGCCGGUUGGCGUCCCCUCGGCUCCGGGUCAGGUGGUUGCCACCAGGAACUCCAAGUCCUCCGUGUUCGUGCAGUGGGAUCCUCCCAAGCAGGUGAAGAACCUCCUGGGAUAUUACAUCGACGGGCGCGUGGUCGGAUCCAAGGAGUGGUUCCCGUGUAACCACAAGCCCUUCAAGCACAACAGGUUCGUGGUCCACGGGCUGAUCCCGGGCGAGACCUACGUGUUCCGGGCCCAGGCCGCCAACGUGUUCGGCCUCAGCGAGGAGUCGCAGGAGUCUUCGCCCAUCGCCGUGGAGCCGGCGCUCGGCCGAGCGGUGGAUUAUGCGACUCCCAGCGCUCCCUUCGGCAUCACCAUGCUGAGCUGUGACGGCGCCUCCAUGACUCUGGCCUGGAAGAGUCCCGCCCACUGCGGCGGCUCCAAGGUCAACGCCUACUACAUCGACAAGCGCAACGCCGACACCCUGACCUGGAAGGAGGUCAACCUGGUGGCCGUCACCGAGAGACUCUGCACCGUCGACAGUCUGACCGAGGGUCUGACCGAGGGAAUCUUCUACGAGUUCAAGGUCCAGGCUGGAAACCUGGCGGGCGUCGGUGUCCCAUCAGCUCCCAGUGCCCCCAUGAAGUGUGAAGCUUGGACCAUGGAGGCACCAGGCCCAGCCUACGACCUGAGCUUCAGCGAGGUCAGAGGUCACUCCCUGGUCAUCCUGUGGAAGGCUCCCGUCUACACCGGAGCGAGCGCCGUCUCUGGAUACCUGGUGGACAUGGCUAAACAGGGCUCGUCAGAGUUCGUCACUCUGAACCAGGAAGCUGUGAGCCACCGUUACCUGCAGGUGUCCGGUCUGGAGGAAGGUCAAACCUACGUGUUCAGAGUUCGUGCCGUCAACGCUAGCGGUGUCGGGAAAGCUUCUCAGGUGUCCGAGGCCGUCUGUGCCAGAGCUCUUCCAGGCGCCCAGGAGAUCGUGGCCAGCGUGGACGGGGACACCGGAGACAUCUUCCUGUCCCUGGAGGCCUGUGAGAUCUGCGAGACGUCCAAGUUUGUGUGGUCCAAGAACUACAAGGCCAUCGUGGACUGUCCCAGAGUGGAAGUGACGACCAAGGGCAGAACCUCCAAAAUGACGUUCACUCAGCCCGAUAAGGACGAUUUGGGCAAAUACUCCGUGGUCGUCACGGAUACGGACGGAGUGUCGGCCAGCCACACGCUGAGCGAGGACGCUCUGAACACGAUGCUGGAGCUCAGCCACGCCAUCAGACAUCCCAUUGUUCCUCUGAAACACGGCCUGAACUACGAGAUCCUGGAGAAAGGUCACGUCCGCUUCUGGCUUCAGGCCGUCAAGCUGUCGCCCGCCGUGUCCUACCGGUUCAUCGUGAACGACAAGGAGGUCGCCAGCGGGGAGGGUCACAAGAUCAGUCACGACGUGGCCACAGGAAUCAUCCAGAUGACCGUGGAUCACUUCACCAGAGCCAACGAGGGCACGUACACCGUCCAGAUCCACGACGGCAGAGCCAAGGCCCAGAGCUCCCUGGUGCUGGUGGGAGAUGUUUUCAAGGCAGCGCUGAAGGAGGCCGAGUUUCAGAGGAAGGAGCACAUCAGGAAACAAGGUCCACAUUUCUCUGAGUAUCUGUAUUUCACUGUCACUGAGGAUUGCACCGUGAUGCUCGCCUGCAAGGUGGCCAACGUGAAGAAGGAGACGACUUUCCACUGGUACAAGGAGGACGACGAGAUCGUUCCCGAAACUCCUCCCAACGUCCUGUCGGGGGCCUGCGCUCUGCCCAUCGCCCUGUUCUCCAGGAAAGAUCAGGGUGUGUUCAAGGCCACGCUCGGGGACGACAGAGGAAAGGACACGUCUCUGUUCGACAUCUCAGGCCAAGUGUUUGAUGACAUCAUCAACGCGCUCGCUCAGAACGCUGGUGCGUCCGCCUCUGAGCUGGUGAUGCAAUGCACUCCAGAGGGAAUCCGGCUGCAGUGCUACAUGAACUACUACACCGAGGAGAUGAAGACCGUCUGGAAACACAAGGAGACAAAGAUCGCCUCCUCUGAGAAGAUGAGGAUCGGGGGAACAGCGGAGAUGGCCUGGAUGCAGAUCUGCGACCCGUCCGAUAAGGAGAAGGGUCACUACACCAUCGAGAUCUCCGACGGCGUGCAGACUCACACCAGGACCUUUGACCUCUCUGGACAGGCCUACACCGACGCCUACGAGGAGUACCUGAGACUCAAGGCAGCGGCCUUCGCUGAGAAGAACCGCGGCAGAGUGGUCGGGGGUCUUCCGGACGUGGUCACCAUCAUGGAGCAGAAGUCCCUGAGCCUGACCUGCACCGUGUGGGGCGAGCCCACCCCCGAGGUCACCUGGUUCAAGAACGAGCAGGAAGUCACCUGCACGGAGCACACCAAGGUCACGUUUGACGGCGGCAAGUUCUCCAGCCUCAUCAUCAACCAGGUCACGCCCGAAGACUCCGGCAAGUACAGCAUCAACGUGCGGAACAAGUACGGCGGCGAGUUCGUGGAGAUCACCGUCAGCGUCUACAAGGACGGCGAGCAGAUCCCCGAGGCCAAGCUGGGACAGCCCAAAACGGCCACGCCCGCGGCCACGCCCACAUCCACGCCUGUGCCGCCCAAGUCCCCGGCUCUCCCCUCCAAGACCCCGACCCCCACACCUUCCAAGUCCCAGACCCCGGGGCCGCCACCGAAGACCCCAACUCCAGCCUCUACUCCGGCGCCGUCCCUGAGGAGUCAGGCCUCCACCCCUUCUUCCACCCCCGUCCCCAAGUCCCCAACCCCCACCCCCAAAUCCCCCACCCCAAAUCCUCGCGGCGUCAAGUCCCCGACUCCUCCCAGGUUCAUGAAGUCUCCGACCCCCCCGAGGAAGUAA